AUGGGUUUCAAACCUGAUAAUCCUGGAGCAAAUCAACAACCUGUUGAAGGAGGAAAUAAUAAUAAUGUUGCUGAUCAACGUUGUCCUGUUAUUAAUGUAUCUCCACCUGCUCAACUAAUCUUGGGUGAUAGCCCAGUAGAAAACUGGAAACUGUAUAAACAAGCCUGGUCUAACUAUAAAGUUAUCGCUGGACUAGAAUUAAGAACUGAAGAAUAUAGGAAAGCUUUAUUUCUUCAUAAUUUAGGCCGUGAAGCUCAGUUAAUUUAUAAUUCACGCAAUCGUAAAUUCCUACGUCAAGCUGCUGAACAAUCUGAUUUAUUUGUUCCUUAUCCUCCGGAUGAAGCUACUGAAAACAACGCAGAAGCCAAUGUACAACAUAAUCUUCCUGAUCAACAAGAUACUGUACAACCUGAUGUCGUAGAUAAUCAACCAGAAGUCAAUAUACCAGUUCUACAACCUGCUGUUCAUGAUCGAAAUAAUAUGAGAAACAAUAUAGUCACACGUUCUGGACGUCUACUUGACGUAGACUUGGUUCAACCAGUUUCUAUGAUAGUCGGGCCGUUGUUCGUACUUCUGUGGCCUUAUCAGCAUUCUUGCAUGUCCGUAAAAGGACAAGAAAGUGUGAGGAGGUUAAAUUCUACUUUUGAUUCGAAAUUUGGGUACAUAUUACUCGGCUAG